AGCUAUGAACCUAGGACUCAAUAUGGGUGCGGCUGGACUCUGAUUCUAGAACCAUUUAUGCGCCUUCUCCUCGCUCUGAUAGCUGGCGAAAAUAAGGCGGAUUGAAUUUUGAUUUGAAGGUAUCAGAGUUUUCUAUCUCGCGUGCCGGAACUCGGUCGCCCCUGUAUAAAAAGCGGUAGAGUGGCAUUUACCUAUUCGUCAGGCUCAAGCUAACAUGCCGAUCCUUACGAUCCCAAAACUUGCAGAGUCGCUCUUCCUGCAACCCAUUAUGAUAGCGACGAACAGCUUAGUCCAGACAUUCCUUCUGUCCUUUCUCAUGUCUGCCAAUGGACAGCUCGACUGGAGGCCGAUAACCAUCUGUGUGACGUCGGAUAUUCUUGCCAUUGGCAUUGACCAUCUUAAGGACCAAGAGGACGAAUUUUCAUCUCAUCACAAGGACGCAAACGACCGAUACCUCACCUCUUUGUUUGCAUGUGCACGAACCUUCCUUGCCUUCAGUGCUGUGGUUCUUGGGCUGACACUAUUGCUAUGCUCAAUGUGGACGCUCCUCGCCACGGCAGCGUUCGUGGUUCCUGCUUUGCUCUGGACUACUCAGAUCAACCUCGAGAAGUUUAAACUGAUUUUGAAUGAAGACAAGCAUCAGCCUCCUACACCCGCGUCCCCUCUUGUUAUCAAACGCAUCCCUGGCAUGAAAGCAAUUUUUAAUGGUAUCAUUCGAGGAUGUGGCACCUACAUCGUUGUCCAGACCGUGUUGUCCGGAUCAGGAAAUCUGAAUAGCGCACUACCGUCCCCAUGGACUAAUUCUCAACUGAUAGUCUGGUCGACCGUGAACCGCGCAUGUCAUGCAGUUAUGACUGACGUCCGUGAUUUCGAAGACGACCUGAAGACCGGCGUCCCUACCAUACCCAUCCUUAUCGGAUCCGUCGUCAAGACGAAGCUCGUAUUGACGGCCUGUCACAUGCUUGUCAUGUUGUCUUUCAUCGAAAAUCCAUACAUUAUGUCGAGCUGCCUAUGGGCCACAGCUCUGGUGUGGACGCUGGGUGUACACUCGUCCAAAAAGGCUUUUUGGUGGAGCACUCAUUCGCGGUCCCCCUCCAUUAUCUGGUACUUCUUGAUGAGGUGUACUUAGCCCCUCCAUAAGGAAAAGUACGCGAACACAUGCCAGUGUACAUUUGUGGUCUUCCCGUCAGCUUUAUUUUGAAUCAUAGUUUAUUGCCCAUUGGGGCGAAGUCCUUCAUAUAUGUUAGACAGUAGAUGCGGUGUUUACGGUGUGUCUAGUGUAAAUAUAAAUAUAUGGUACCCUGGAUCUUU